UUGGUGUAUUAAAUAAGUAUAUAGAAAAUGUCUGGGCGUGGUAAAGGAGGUAAAGUGAAGGGAAAAGCAAAGUCGCGUUCAAAUCGUGCUGGUCUUCAAUUUCCCGUCGGACGUAUACACCGUUUGUUGCGCAAAGGCAAUUAUGCCGAACGUGUUGGUGCUGGUGCUCCCGUAUAUUUAGCUGCUGUUAUGGAAUAUUUGGCUGCUGAAGUUCUUGAAUUGGCUGGUAAUGCUGCCCGUGAUAACAAAAAAGACUAGAAUAAUUCCACGUCAUUUACAAUUGGCCA